GGUCACUUUUUCAAGACUGCAAACGAACCAAACAAGCGUCACGUUGCUUGUUACUGUUGUACACACUGACAUUGUAUUCUUCGCUCUCUCGCAUAUUCUUUGUGUAGACUAUUGGGUGUAACCUUAAACAUGGGUAAGCUAUUUUGAAGGAGUAUUAUAUUGUCUAUUGAACCUAAAGAUUACGUAAGCCCAGUGGACUGGAGUGUCGGAACAGCCCGGGGAAAAAAUCAAGGCGGGUAAAAGUGCAUUUAAAUUUAGGUUAGGUCUAGCGGCUAGGGUGAUCAAAUCAUGAACUGGAAAAAACGGGACACACCCAAGGAGGUGGGGGGGAGAGGAUACCCUUCAGCUAAAGAGGAAACCAGGAAGGGGUGGGGGGUUUAAUCUAGACAUAAGUUUAUUUUGAGACCUAGGCCUAGAAAUCUUUUUAAAUUUACAUUCACUUUGAGACUUUUGUAAUUUAAUUUAGAGUAGAGGCAUCUCAAAACACAUCUUUUUAAAUUAUACUACCCUGAGUCUGAGUGAUUCCCCUCCUAUGAUCGAUAAACGAUCUUGCUGGCUGCCGUCCAUGGUUUGCCUUGUAAAAGUUAUGUGUUGGGAUGGGUGAAUAAACAUUUUUUUUUGCUGUUCUUUAUUUCAUAAAUGUAUUUUAUUUUAGGCAGGCACUACGUACACCGGGGCGGUGUACCUAGCGAAACUAUUGACUUUUGCCUGCAUACACCGUGGCGGUGUAGCUAGCUUAAUCAUGGUCUGUGGCCUGCGUACACCGCAGCGAUUUAAAGUAGCAAAACAUGGUCUUUGCGAGUCUUUAACUUUUCGGCCUAACCGGUACUUGUAGAUUUAAUGUUAUACUCAGGUUAAAACUGAAAACUAUUGAAAAUUCGUUUAUUGCCUUGGGAAGAUAUUGAGUAAGUUCCACGCUUAUGUGGCAAAGUGCAUGUAAAGAAUUUCUUAUUGUUUUUGGAAAGGAGGGGGCUGGGGGUGUAAUGUUAAACCAUGAUUUAUUUUUAAAGUUAACCACUUUAUUCCCCCCUCCCCCAAUAUAUUGAAAUGCAAAUAUAUUUAUUAAUUGUAAGUGUUAUCAUAUGAUUGUGAAUCUUAAUUUGAAAUUAUUCUCUCAUGCCCACCCCCACCCAGUUGCUUGUUGUUUUGUUUUUUUGUUUUUUGGGUGGGGGGCAUUAUAAAUAUAACAUUGAAUGUGAUCCCUCAGGGCAUGGUGUAAAAAUGAAUGGGAAGACAGUGAAUCUAUUUUGUUAGCACCAAGAUAUAAUUACGCCACAAAUACUCUACGGGAAGAGAAACACAUAGUCAUACAUUGAUCAUGAAGUCGUGAAGUUAAAGUUGUCCGAGGCAUUGUCAUUGUGAUACCAAGCAUGUGUCAACACAAAACAGCAGUAUGAUGAUAAAUACGAAACACUGCAGUGAUUUUUAAAAGUCUUUUAACAAUAAUUGAAUAUCAUUGAUUUAGUUUUACAUUGGCAUUACACAUUAGUAAAAAAAAUGCUGGCAGGGGGGGGGAUGCAAAUGGUAUGUUUGGUAUGCGGACGUCCUUUGUGGACAACCCAUAUCCUGAGCCGUGAUUUAUGAAUGCCCCCUUUUUGGUUAAGCCUCUGCCCAUAACUCACCCCCACCCCCCCGGCAAGGAUCGAUUUCUUAACAAUUAAAAAAAACAAAACUCUGACAUAUCGCAAAUCCUGUCCCAAGCCGGCCAUUGUGCAAUGGUUUCUAUGAUGAAAAAGUCGUGUUUUACCCUGAGAAUAGCACAUGCCAUGCCAUUCUGGAAACAAAUUCCGUCAUGAAAAGGGUAAACGCAGACCUGUGGCUUUGCUAUACAGUUUGCUAGCGCUCCGCAAGUUUCUAAAAUCGAGGUGUUUUCAAAAGAUUUGCUGUGAGACUGAGUGUUGUGAAUGAACCUUUGAUAUCGUAUGUACAUUUUGCCAAUGCAUAAGGCAUAGUGAAAGCAAGAUGGUUCAAGGUUGAAAUACGACCAUGCACAUUAAUAUUCAUAUGGUAAGAAUAUUAUUCAUACUGGUAUUUUCUUUGGGUGUUCGUAAAAUUAAAAUGUAAAUAUUCAACUACACGAAGAAUGUUGAAAUACAAUAGAAUAUCAGUCACUUAGUAUUCAUAAUGUUUCUGUUAUACAUGUUACAUUGACAUACACUACACAUGAUCAUCAUGUAAUACAUGCGCUUUCAGAAACUUUAAGUUUGUUUUCAAAUGUCUAAAGUCUUAUUACUAAAUUUACCGGUAAUUUUCAAAGUCAAAGGCCGGCACAACUUGUUGAAACACGUAUGUAUAUAAAUAAAUAUAUAAAGUGCAUUUAAUAUAAUAUUUAAACAUAUAUUUAAAUUGUUUAAAUAGCUACAAAAUAUUUUAAAAUUAAAAUGGGAGGAAAAAACCUCGAUCCCCUACUGAGAAUUGAUCUCAAACUAUAUUAUCGCCAAGCGUCCACUCUACCACUUGACCACACAAGAUCUUCUCUAACAAGUAUAUCUUAAAACCAGGCCAAUGGUAAAUUUUUGCCGCGGUGUACCCAGGCCAAAGCCCACGAUUUCACUAGGUACACCGCCGCGGUUUACGCAGGCCAAAGCCGAUGGUUUCGCUAGGUACACCGCUGCAGUGUAUGCAUCCACUUCGUUUAUUUUAAUGUCAUGAUUAUGUCUCUUUUUAUGUACAGCGCGGUUAGCCCAGCCCUAGGCUGGGGUACCGCGCUAUAUAAGACCCCUUAUUAUUAUUAUUAUUAUAUCAUAAACAAAAACAAUAAUUUUGCAGUGAAUACUUACUACUUAUUUAUACAUAUAAGAUCUAUGGUAGGGACACUGUCUUUUACGCAUCGCGGCAGAGUGGUGGAGGGGAAAACUACAGCCAUCACACGAGCCCACAUCACCACUGGCACUGGCUUCACAGCUAGCCAAAAUAUUAUUUGAAGUUAUAUAUUAUAAAGGCAGUGCCAACACGUCCGGCGCGUAAAUCUCCCUCACUAUUUGUCCGGCGACCAAGUCACAUGACCGCCAUAAAAAAAGUGGAGCGAGAUAUUUGUCCGUCAGCCAUGUCACGUGACCGCGAUUUAUUCAAAACUAUUGUUAAUUUUAAAAUCUAUUUCUCUACCAAGUAAUUUAAUGAGUAUCUUGCAAACAAAUAAUAGGAAAAAAUACUUGGGUAUAUUACCAAAACAAAGUGGGGGUUAAACAAUAAUGCAUUCUAGAAGGAAACGAUGAUGAGAGAGAAUUAUGGUAAUAAUAAAAUAAGAAUGCUAAAAAAAUAAUAGUGAGGGGAUAGUUCUCAAAGGUCGCAGUUGGCAAAGAAUGACCCGGUUAUAACACUACUGUGAGUGUUGCAUGGUCAACAGUGCCACGAAAAACUGUUGUUGCAUUCCGCACGAGCGACUAACGCCAUUGGGCGCCUGCAUGUUCAACAGUUAACAUUGUUUCUGAUCAAGCAGUGUCAGGACAGCCACUCCAACCAUUCACGCUUGUUUAACAUUACAGCAUACAACUCUCACAGAGUUACUUCAAUUCUGCCCAGUUGUGCUGCUGGCAAAAUAACCAAACUAAUUCUUAUCUGUGCGGCUGGUCUACCUGCUGUAAUUUAAGAAAUUUAUUGAAAUAUACGCAAACAUGAAUUUCAAAACAAAAUGAUGCUUAAGACUUUUAAGUAAGGAGUAAUCAUUGGAAAUAAUUUGGGACCGGACUUCGGAGGAUUGCAGAAAAAUGGGACAUUUAGGCGCCCCGAGAGACUUUUUGGGACACCGGGUACGAUUGUGACAAUCCCGUUUUCACUGGACAUUUGGCCGCCCUAAUUUAAGUGCGUAAAUUAUUUAUUGAUGUUUAACGUUAAAUUAUUUAUUGAUGUUUAACGUACAAAAAAAUAUUAUAACAGAAAUGUUAUAUUACUGUAAUCAUGUCAUUGGAAGUGUAUAAAACUGGUUAGUUCUCUGUUUGCCCUCUAUACUGUUUUAACAUGUGCAUCUCAUCUGUGAUAGGUAGGUCUUCUUCGGUAAAUUUGUAUCCCUCUAGAUGUGCCACAAGAAAAAAUUAGAUAAAUUUGGACUAUCCACGCAAUCGUGUUUCCCAUGGCUGCCAUCUUUAAUUACUUCGGAAAAGCAAGGGAGACUACUAAAAAUUUUGUGAUGGGAAAUGGGCAUCAGCAAAAGGUCAAGGAAAAUCAGGGUUUUUAAUUUUUUGGUUUUGGUUGGUGCUAUUUCAUUCAUAAAAUAAUUACUAGAUACCACAAUUGCGUUCCUUUUCCGGACUUUCGCCUUAGAGGACAUCUUGGUCUACAUUUGAAUAGUGUUAUUUUUCAUUUACAAUGAGUCAACUUUGAGAAAAUCCUUGGUGAAUAUAAAGCAAUUUUAAUCGUAUUGAGUCUAAUAUAGCAUUGAGUCUAAAGGGACCGGGGUCCGAAUAGCGGAGCCGCGUGUCCGGGUCCAUUUGACUAAAUGCUAUUCGUAUGUCAUUUGUUGUUUAUUUUAGUAAAACUGAAGAAGUAAGUUUACAAAAAUAUAGUCCAUUCAAUUUUUCAUUUGAUACCUAAUUUUGUCUUACAAACCCUACAAUAGUUUAAAAAUAUUUUUUAAUAAACCCAAACUCUCACUUCUUGGAACCGGGUCCGAAUAGCCGCAGCCAUAGGUUUUUAUUCCCAGUGACCUCUGCUUAUUAUUCUGAAUUAUUGUUUAAUUACUUGAUUACUAUAUUUUUUAUUCAUCAUUACUAAUUGAAAUAAAUCUGUAAUAUGAGUAAUCAAAAAGAAAACUUGUAAAAUUUGAUCUUUUAAAUAUGCCAUUUCAGAGUGGUCAAACGAGGACAAGCAAUUGCUCCUUCAGAAGAUUUUGCAAAUAAACGGUAUAGAUGGAACAAAAUCUUACAAGACUUUUGAGAAUUCUAUAAACUGGGAAGCUUUGGAAGUCAAUGGACGAACACCUGAAGAAAAUAAAAUGAUGUUCCAUAAAUUGAUUACCAAGGUAAUUGAAAGUAAAACUACAUUGCCUUUAUAAAGAGCGUUUCUCCCUGCACCUUUAUAUUCUAUCAUUUAAAUAUAACCCUAAGCAUCUGAGAUUGUUUACAAUCCCAUACAUUUACCAAAGAAGUUUUCAAAUAAUCUGAGAAAUUUAAUUUACCACGAGCGUCAUAUGAUUUUUGUAUGGCUUGCUAAGGGAGUUUUCGAGUAUGGAGGCCAAUAGAGUUGAUAGGGGAUUUUUACAUGGUAUUUCUGAAACAGGUAGUCAGUUUGCCAAACAAAACAUUAAUAUCCCUAAAUGUGUUAUAAAAGUACCACUUUUUAAUGAGGGUUUUAAUUAAUUUCAGGUUCGAAAAUAUAGGACUAUGAAGGAAAUCGUAACAGAUGCUGCACAAUUAAUAACUGCUGGUCCCUCGAAGACCUCUACCUCUAAGAAAAAUUUAAUCAAAGAGGUAAGCCUGUUUUAAACAUUUGAAGCCUACCCAAAUUUUGUAAAUUGAAGUAUGGCAGGUGUUCUACCGGGUGGACAUGGUUGAUAUGAUGAUUUAGUUUGGUUUUUAGCAUGCAAUAAAGUAUUGAGAUAUCUUUGCAGUAAGAAAUUUAUUUAAGGCAUGUUUAGUUUGCUUUGUCAUGCAGUUUAUAUUAUUCCUUUGAGAGAAGUGAUUAUUAUAUAGUUAUUGAAUUUUUUUUAUUGUUUCUAAAACUAAGGGGUGUUUUUUUCAUCAUAACAAAGGGAUAAAUGAAUUAUAUAAUUUAAAAAGAAAAUUAGAUUUGUUUAAAUGAACAGUAAAAUGUUUGGUACUCCCUGAAGAGUGUGCUCCAACAGUGAGUUUGCUUCUCCAGCUUGUGCAAACCAAAGUAUUUCCAAUAAGCUCAUGUUGGUUGGUGUCCAUGGAUUUGAGGGACAAUUUUUAAAACCUUUUUUUUUCUCUGGAUAGUACAUUAGUUGAUUUGGCAGUCAGCUGUUUCACAUUCCCUUAACAUGUCCAAUCCACCUGGCUUGCCUUUUUUAUAAGAACAUGUGAAUGCUGAGAAAGCCAAAAAAUAUCAACAAAUGUGCACAAACAACAUAGUAUGUAGAUUGUUCAGUUGUCUAGCAUAGUGUUGGUGGUGCAAUCUUACAAGUCUUGGAAAGGAUGGUCCAGCAUGUAUGGUUUACAAUGUGCAUGCCUUGGUGGCGUGUACGAGAGUUGUGAGUACAAUAGCCCUCUUCAUCUCCAGCCUUUGCUACCAGGCGCUCUGCCGAGUCAUCUGAUACAACAUUUCCUUUGGCAAUUUUUUUAGUUGAUCUCAUCAUCUAUUGUUGCUGAUCCUGAGAAUCCUGAAUAAUUUAAUAAGACAAUCCUCUUAUCUAUGCAUGUGAAUUUUUCCACUGCUUGGAGAUUGCAAAUGUAUUUUAACAAUAUAAUGACUAAACAGUUCAUUUUUACAAGUAAGGAGGCUGGGGAAUGUGAUAAAACUUGGGCAUCUUGUUUAAAAAUAAAUGGUUUUGAUUCUGAUGAUCACUUUGAGUUAUUAUAUUUGGCCAUUGGUUUUCUUUUUUUUUAAUGCUCCAAAAUCUCAAAUAGUGAUAAAGUUUUUGUUUUAAUUUAAAACUACUUUAUAUUCUCUACAAUGUGAUGCUUAACUGGCUGUGAAUAUUCUGGUCAGAAUUGACAAGGUUAUUUUUAAACAGUUAAUCUCAUCUUAAUGACUCUUUAAACAUUAAUGAAUUAACAUCUAACCUUUAAUUAUGUCCCAAACUUGCUAGCCAGCAAUAACAUCAGUAUUUCAUAGAAAAUGCACCUGAUUGCUUAAAGGUCACUAUUAUAUUACUUUUAUGUUUUUUUUCUCUGAUACCUUUGUCCUCUGUUUCUUUUUGCAAUAAAGCAGUAUCCAGAUUUCCCGACAACCAAGCUCCAAAAUGCCUAUGCAUUGUUUGUAAAAAAAAGGUUUAAAAAAGUGCAAGGAAUGAAGUUUGCAGAGAGGAGUGCCUUAUUGAGCAUGGAGUGGAAAAAUUUGCCAGAAUCCAGGAAGGUAAAUAUAUUUGAUUUGUAGUAUAUAUAAAUUGUCUAACAGGAUGGUCUAAAUGUUGCAAGAUAUAAAAUAACCUUAAAAUUUUGGUCAGCAAUCCCAAAAAUCUCAUUGCAUUUGUCACAUACCAUUGCUGAGCAUUAGUUUUUAUGAUUUGUUUUACAUUGUACCUGAUGUCUUGACCACAUAGAUUUAAGACCUUGUUGGUAUUAACAUGCUCAAAUACAGGUCACCAACCAAUGAAUUCGCAGCCAUAUACAAACUGGUCAGCAUGGUGACAAAGAGUGCACAAUUUUUGUACUUGAAUCAAACCAUAGCACCAUUGGUCCAUGGAAAAAUUGGUUGGGUACAGCAGCUUUAGCAUGUAUUUGGUUUGGGGUAUAAAAAAAAAUCUUAUUAGGUAUAUAAAUAUAAUGUAAAUGUUUUUUUUGUUCAAAGGAGAAAUACAGGCGAAAGUCAUUAAAACUCAAGGAGAAGUUAGCAGAGGAAUUAAAGGUUUUUUCGUAAGUUUAUCUCCUCUUUUUUAAAUAAACCAUUACAGCUAUUCUUUAUUUAGAUGACGAAGAACAAUGUUUUUAUUAGUGUCCACCACUUCUUCUUUGUUAGAAGGGUCUUGUUUCCAUCCUUUUUUCUUUCUUUCCUUCUAUCUUAUUUAAUAGGUAGGAGACAUUAAUUUAUUUUAAAUUAAUUCUGUUUUCUACAUUUGUAUUGUGUCAUUUAACUAAAUAACUACUGUUAUAUUUACAGAAAUUGUUGUCUUUAACGCGUUAAUCUUUAAUGCAGACCCCAUGCCUUAUAUUUUGUUACAUAUUUCAAUCACUUUUCAAGCCUUGCAUUAUUUUAUGGGGGAAAAAACUUUUUCAGGGUUGUGUUUUAAUUGCUGGGGUGAUGUAAAUUUAAAAUAAAAAAAUAGUUUAUUUUUUAAUUCGAACAAAUUACAAAAUUUGAUUAUUGUCACAUGGUAGUUUUGAAAGGUAAAAAUGCUUUAUUUUUAAAUUUUUUUUAAAGGCUUAACCAUCCAGAAGCCCUUCUUCCAAGUAACUCUGGAAAUAAUACUGGUCGGCCAACACUACCUCUGCCCUCUAGGCUAUAUGCUGAAUCGAGAGUGGAAAAAUUCAAGGCUAAGCAUCCAGAAGUAAGUCAUCUUAAUCAAGGGUAGUUUGUAUUUAUAGAUUUGUUGAAAAUAAUUUUUUCAGUCUCCAAGAGUUCAAGGGCCACAUUGACACGACUUACACCUGUAUGAUACCUUUAUCACUAUUCAAGAAUUUGCAUAUAUUAUAAACAGCAAAACCUUAUUCAGUAACACAGAUCUGUAAGAAGUCUUUUACAAUUGUAUGCCAAAACCUGUAAAGACAACAAUUUUAAUAUUAAAUACAUUCCAUUAGUUUUUCCAAUUAAAAAAAUAAUAAUAAUUAAAAAGGACAUUUUCGAACUUGCAUUUGCAUUCAACAUCCAUUAGUGAAUUGAUCUAGAAAUACAAUUGGUUGGAGACCGUCUAUAAUUAUAUUACAUUUGGCCUGAAAGGGGAAUUGAGUGGUGUUGAUUUAGGAGAUUUUGUCUACGGGUGUGUCUGGAAGUGGGGUCUAAAUAAUUGCCACUAUAAAUGGCAUGUUAUUCAAAAACUCUAGUUGUAGAGGUAUUACAGUAAUAUUUAUUCCACUGUAUGUCCACCAUGCUUGUGACAUCUAUUUCAUUGGGUUAUGCCAGUGGUUCUAAAAUUAGUUAGUUCCUGGCGCCUUUGCCAAAUUUAGGUUUUCAACAGGCUCCCUUUGUUAAAUUUUUACAAGUACACUGCGAAAUAACAAAUACAAAAAGCAAAAUAAAAUAAAGGGUUGGGUAAAAAUAAAUAAAUCAUGUAUGCAGGUCCUUAAGCGCCAUCUAGUAACUACAAACUUAAAUUACUCAAGUGAGUUACUCUUUGCACCAUGGAUUAGGGUUGAACCGUGCUGUGUGCAGAAACAAAACUAGAGAAUGCAUUGUCAAAACUGUUCAUCGCAGCAAAAUAGAUUUCGGCAUAUUUUAUAGGUUCUGAGAGGGGCUUUGAAAUCUAUUUUUAGAAAGGCACAAAAAUAGCAGUACGAUUUUUAAUACCCCCUCUUCCUUUAGGGGACUUUUUCUUUGGAAUGCAUUUGCUUUUAGAUCACCUUUAAAACAGGGUGUAGAAAUUAUCCAGGAAUUAACUGGGAAGCAAGAGAUAAAUAAUGUACAAAAAAAUGUUUUCUGAUUUUUUUAAAUAUAAAAGUUUUUUAUAUUUUCUGUUUUAACAAUGCUAAUUUCUUUAUAAAAUAAUACUUUAUUUUUCAGUUAAAUCAUUUGGAAGCCUUUAAAGCAUGCCUGAAAAAGUAUGAGAAGCUGUCUGAUCACAGAAAACUCAAGUGGAUUAUCAAGGGUAAAGAUCAAAUGCAAGAAUAUGAGGUUUGUUUUUUCUCCAAGUUAAAAACUAAUUUACGGUGUCUUAACAUGAAGUAAAACAUUAUUUUCUACUAACUGUUAUAAUACAAUUCCUUGUCUGUUCAUUUUUUAAAAAGAUUUUAACAAGAGAUAAGUUUUACAUGGUUUGUUUAUUUCCAGAAAGAUGUUGAAAGUUAUAGGUCAAGUCAUCAUGGUUCAUUUAAACCCCAACAGUUUCAUUUGACGAAAGAUGAACAGAGAAUCUUUGAUGAAUCAAUGGGAAAGCCUCCAGCCCCUGCUAAGUAUUUACAUGUUUAUUUUAAAGCAUAAUAUACAUAAUCAUUAACUAUUUUUAUAAAUGUAAAAUGUUCUCUCAUUAUCAUGUCAUUUUAUAAAUCUAUUUUCUCCUCAAGGCUGUUUGCAAUUAUAUUCAAAAUAAUCAGGCUUUUUUUAAAAAAAACUUGUAUUCAAAACAAAACAAAAAACAAGAAAAAAAAGGGGAAAAUAACACUGCCAGCCAAUACAGUAAAACAGAUUUCAUAAACAAAAACUUUGAGUCUGGGUGGGCAUAAAAUGACAACAGAUACCCUCAACUUGGAUAGUUACACUAAAUUAUUUUGUUUAAUGUUUUAGUGCCAAUCUCUAUUUUAUUUGGAGAAGCUUGCUAACUUAGUGAAGAGAUUGAAUGCCCCUGUUGGGAUGAAUUUAAUAAUUGUUAUAUUCUGAAAUACCUAUUAUGUCAAAGGGCUUCUUGUUUGGAGGAGAUCUUGUAACCCAUUUUUUUCAAUUCAUAACAGUGCCAAGCAAGUCUCACACAUUCAUUUUUAUAGUAUACACAAAAUUAGGAAAUUAGGCAGUGGAUGAUUUAUACUUUUCUAGCAGCUCAGUCAUUUUCAAGACACUUGUAACAUUCAAAGGCUUCUAAUCUGCUGAUUAUUUCACUUAUCGAAUUUCUUACCAUUUUUUUUUCCUGUCUUAUAGAAAUCUUUAUCAAUAUUUCUGUGAAUCGAAGAGGUCUACUGUGGCUGAUAAGGAUUUCUCAGAGAAAAGUAAAGUACUCUCCUCCCUCUAUCACAAGCUUACAGAGGUGGAGCUGGAUAAUCUGGAAACAGCUUUGAGGCAGGUCAGAGAGAUGUCUAAAUAUUGUGUUUUUAAAUAUUGUUUUAGGUUGAAAAUUAACUUUGUACAGUUCAAACUCAAAUGGAUGGUUCUAUGGGAAUCUUGACUACCUCUCAAAUGAAGGAUUAAUAUUCUCCUGUGGUUGUCCACAACUGUGGAUUAAGUGGCAGGAUAAAUUAAACAGCUUUUUAAAAGCUCCAAUAGAUCAUGACCGUAGAAAAGAAUAACUUGGCACAAGUCAGAAGUAGAGGGCCAUAUAAUUUACUUACUCCACAAAAUGGUCAUAAUCUUACCAGUUAUGGUUAUAAAUCUGCAAUGACAAAGUCCUACUAUAUUGCUUGAUAAAAGUUUAGGACAAUAUUUUGCUUGUAGAUACAUUUUACAACAUUUCUGUUAAAUUCUUGUAAGUUUUCAUUUAUUAAAAAGGAAUGUCACAUAUAUAAUGAGUAUAUAUUUAAUGUGUAAUGAAUAGCUGGCUGUAGAUAGCCAUGAAAACAAUUUAUAUAUUACAAAUUCAUUAACAGUUUUGUGUUGCGGUAAUGAAGAAAGUUUGACCUCCUUUUCACAUGCAAGUAUUCUGCUUCUUAGGAAAGAGGAAGCAGUGUUGACUCUGAAACUUGUAUGCAGACAGAAGUUCAAAUAAUACUUUACUUGAUUCUUACUAAUUUGUGUAAUUUAACGUGUCUCAUUUUCCAACAGGAGGUUCAGAGUUAUGCAGAGAAAUAUGUAGAGUAUUAUGAUUCACUGUCUGAAAAUGACAAGCAGAGUCAAUUAAACCCCAUAGAGGCAAUGAGACCCUAUGCAGUGAGUAAUAACAAAUUUUAAUUUAAACUUUUUGAAAAUAUUUCUAUGACAUUGAUUUAUUUUCACUUUGCGAGAUUAAUGUAUAGAGUACACUAUAUCUGAUUAGAAUGGAUCUGUUACGAACCGGGAAAUGCCAGUUCAUUAGCUUCGUUGUCUUGGGUACAAUUGCUCAACAAACCAUUGCUUCAUGAAUCAAACAUCACUUUUAUUAAAUAUAAUAUCAUUCCAAAAACCAUAACACCAACACAUUUCCCCUUACCCAAAUAAGUCACAAAAUCCCAGCAUAUAGCUACAGCUUCACAUAUACUCUCUACACCAAAUAUCAUUUUCCAUACCAAACAUUCACCCCUCAAAUCUAGUUCACAACAGGAUUUUCAACAUAUUUUGUAACUGGUGUCAGUCAGAAUGGAGAAAAUCUGUCCAGGCUUGCGGUUCUCAUCAUGGGGCACACACCCAAUACAGGGAUGAUUUAAAGAUUAUGGGUGAAAUUUAGUCUAGGAAAAAAGCAAAUGUAUGUACAUUUCAAUAGGGUUGUGGGCACAGUUAAACAGGACACUGUUUUAAUGUUAUCCACCCUGUUACCAAGUUAUUUUUGGUUGUCAUUUAUUGAAAAAUGACAGAUUUCACUUGGAAUUAAUACAGAGUGUGCAUCCACUGUUGCGUUUUAACUGAUAAACUACCAGAUUGAAAACCCGGCUGUGGCCGAAUUAAAUUUAAAAUUUUCUCAUUGCAGGUGCAUUCAGCUUAAUUAUAAACAUAUUCUAAUGAGUAAUUAUCCACGUUUUAGGAAAUUAAAUUGUCUAUUAGAUAAAGGUAAAACAUUUGUAAAUUUAAAUUUUGUUUGGAAAUUAUUAAUUGUUAAAUUAGUACCGUAAUUGCAACAGAAAAAUCGUACAAAAUUUAUAAAUGUGCCGAUAAAUUUUAUAUAUAGCCUUUAAUUUAGUGGUUUCCAAAUAUUAUAUCCAAUAAUAAGAAAAUUGCGCCAAAGAACAGAGAAAUUGAAUAAUAUUUACACUUCCAGUAACAUAUGCCUUUAGUAACCUUGUCUCUUGUUGCCACGUUAAACUAGUUUUACAAUUUUGUAACUAGCUUGGAAAUUAAAUCAAAAUUAAUUAACAGCUCGUUUUUUAAAACCUUCUGCCAAUAGCAUGUGGUUCCAAAAAUAAACAUCCUGGAAGGAAAAUUAAAAUCUCGAACUGAAAUAGGAACGGGAUAAUAUAAAUAUUUGACUAGUUUUAUUACGAUAAAACCAUUGGCGCUACCAGCGACUCAUGGCCAUAGCGAAAGAAAUGCUGAGCCGCUCCCAGCUCAUGGUGGUUAACCAGUUAAGAGGAGCUAGUGAAUAUAAUUGUGGGAGUUGAUGGAGAAUUUUUAUUUAACUUAGAAAAGUAAAAACAAUGUAUAAUUUAUUAUUUACUAGCUAAUAUACCCGGCGUGGCCUGGGAUUGUGUUAGGACCUCAUCCUGAUGGGAAACCUUUCCCAUCAAGGACCCCAAUCACAUUCUGACACGGAUCCUGAUGCAGUCCCGUUUCCUGGUGGGAUCCUGUUUUCUUGUGGCUCCGGAUCCAGGGGUAAUCCAGAUAGCGGUGUUAUCCCGAUCCCAUGGGUAUCUCAAUCUCAGUAGGAUCCCAAUCUUGGUGGAUCCCAAUCCCAGUGGGCUACCGAUCCCGUUAGGAUACCAUCCUCUGUGGGAUCCCUUUCCACCUAGGGACCCCAUUUUCCGAUGUUAUCCCGUGUCCCAUAGCAGACCUGUUUACCCUCAAACUCUUAAAAUCGUACAAUAUCAUCACAAAAUCUUUCAAUACAGUAUCUUAAUAGUAAAAAAAAUAAACAUACAUCAUAUAUAAUUUAUACACAUGAAAACCGUACAUUGUACGCCAAAAUCGUAAAAGUAAACAGGUCUGCAAUCCCCAUCGCAGUUUGAUAACCGUUACCCGAUGGGAUCGCGUUACCAAUGGGUUCCGGUUUACUGUUGGGUCUUGUUUCCCAUUGGGAUCCUUUUCCUCUAUGGGAUCAUGCUCAGUGCAAUUUAUUUCAAAUAAGCUUUUAGAUCCCAUUAUAUAUCCCAAUAGAAUAAUAUAGAACCUUCUGGAACACUCUAGAAGAAGAAUGGAUAUUAUGAGUUCAGUACCCUUCAGUAUUUGAAUAUGGAUAAUCAAGUGUAUGUGUACUAAGUUUGGUCAAGAUCCAUCUAUUCAUGUAGGAGUAUUAAGGCUAUUGAUAUUUAUAUAGCUUAUAUAAGGAAAAAUGAAAUGAGGGGGGCCCCAGAGGAAUGGAUAUUAUGAGUUCAUUACCCUUUGGUAUUUGAAUAUUGAUAAUAAAGUGUAUGUAUUCUAAGAUUGGUCAAGAUCCAUCUAUCCAUGUAGGAGUAUUUUUUAGUAAUUUUAUUUAUAUAGCUCUUAUAGAAAAAACCGGCCCAAAAUGGAAUGUUAUAAAAAGUUCAUAUCCCCUUAAGAGUUCCUUCUGGAUAAUGAUGGAUAUAUGUGCCAUGUUUGGUCAAGAUCCUUCAAUCCAUGUAAAAGCCUUUGUGGAACACACAGACAGACACACACAUUUUUACUUAUAUAUAUAUAUGAUAUGAUUAAGAAAAUUUCUUAGUAACAAUUUAUGAAGAUAAGAUAUAUAUAUAUAUGAUAAGAUUGAGAAAAUUUCUUAGUAACAAAUUAUGACGAGUGAACUUACCUUUUAAUUUUUUUUGUAUUUAGAAAAUCCUUACAGGUGCCAAAUUGAGCAGGAAGCCAGCUACUCUUGGGCCCAAAGAUGUAACUGUUUACAAGCAGCUUCAACUGUCAUCCCUCUUUUCUACAUCAAAGAAAACAAAGAAGGCAUCAGAUGAAUCUGAUGAAGAAAUACCCCCUUCCCAAGUGAGUAAUGGAAGUAUAAAGAAGAGGAAAGUUCAGGUUGAAGAAAUGUCAAACAGCGAAACCCAGGAAGUAGGUUCCCCUGCUAAAAAAAAAAGGGUACAAGCAAGUCCCCUAAAAGAAGAAAAUGAAAAGUCACCAGAAAAGCCGGAGAAUGAUGAAAUAAAUGACAGCCUGUUGGCGGCUUAUGUUCCAAAGAAAUCACCAAAAAAGCAAGAGAAAGUGGAUAAUAGUCAACUGGAGGCGGGUGUUCCAAGGAAGACACCAAAAAAGGAGAAAAAUAUUGAUGAUGAUUUGUCGACAUUGGGUCUGUCUAAAAAGACACCAAAAAAGGACAAAGCAAAUAUUAAAAAUUAUUUGCAGACAUCUGUCAGUGUCAGGUGAGUGAAUUUUUUAUUUGUUUCUCCACUAUACCCAAUGCGGAGAGUCUCUUUGUACUGAUUUAUGGUGUUGGUUAAAAACCCAAUUUACGUAUACAGGGUAUUUACUUUUAUGAUUGAUGCAUUUUGUUAUAUUAUAUAUAGCAAGACUUUUUAACCAUUGUCUAUCCUUUUCUAACUUAAGUGUUUGUGCUGUUUUUUCUCAGUUCUUCUCAGGUGGAUACUAAAAGCUCCAAGCUAAAAAAGGCUGGUGGGUUGAAUGAAACUUUAUGAUUGCAGGGUUACAAUUAAACCCAGGCACAAGAUAAUUCGAUCUAUAGAUUUAAACUAAAAUGCAGCUGGAGAAUUUUUAUUUGUUAUGGGUUAGUGAUGCACAUAAAUGUUCAAAUAUUCAUUAAUUUUACAGAAUCGUAUGCACUGCUUUUAAAAUUGUGUAGAACUAUUUGCCCAACAUGUGUGCAGCCCAGCUUUUUAAUAUGAUUAUAAUUUUUAAUAUAAUUUUUGUUCAUUUUAAUAUUUUUAAUUCAAUUUUUCUGUAUUCAUGAUG